AUGUUGGGAAAGUGGAAAUGUCAGGAAAGUAGUUUAUGUCAGGGUAGUGAUAAUGUCAAGAAAGUGGAAAUGUCGAAUGUCGUGGAAGUGGGAAGUAGUUUAUGGUUGUCGGAAAUAUAUUUUCGGGAAAGUGGUUCAUGUCGGAAAAGUGGCUGUCGAAAAAAUGUUGUCUGGGAAGCGUCGGGGAAAUCGUUCUCGGGAAAAUGUUAG